UCUCAAAGACAAAGGUAGCAAAGAGUCAAAACCGCAUUUCAAGUAACUCUUCAUCUCUCUUCUCUCUCUCUCUCUCUCUGGACAUUUUUCCUUCCUCUGCUCAAAAAUGUCCGAAGCCGCAAUAACGGUUCUUGAUGGCACGCACCUACAACACAUUGACCUCUCUCUGCCGUUUCCCGACGGCGGCCUCACCGGAGCUCAGCUCCUCCACCUCGCCGAUUCCAAAGCCUCCUCCUCUCUGUUCGGACUCGCCUUGCCGGAGACUCUCAGAUCGUCUGCUCUUAGUCGCAUCGGCCUCCCCGACAUUGUUGCUUUCCGACGAUCGGAGCUCACUCCAGAGCGAGCCUCCGAGAUUCUUAGGGGCUAUGUAUCUGCGAUCGCUGACGGCUUAGGAGAGGAUCCUCUUGUUGUGUCAAUUUUGGAUGGGAACACUCUUCGUGUGUUCUUAGAUGAUGAAGAUGAUUUUGCAAUGAUAGCAGAGAACCUUUUCACUGAUUUAGAUACAGAAGAUAAAGGAAAGAUCAGGAAGAGUGAGAUUCAAAAUGCUCUUGUCCACAUGGGGUUUGAAAUGGGUGUACCUCCUCUCUCAGAAUAUCCUUUGCUGAGCGACAUUUUACAAAAACAUGAUGUCAAGAGCAAUAAAGAAUUGGGACAAGCUCAAUUUGCAGAAGUUCUUCAGCCUGUUCUUCAAGAAUUAGCAGAUGCUCUAGCAAAAAAGCCUUAUGUUUUCAUUCAAAAUCUCAAGAUUGCUAAUGGAGCUCAGAUAAAAAAGCUUUUGGCCGAUGAGAAGCACUUCAACAAUGUCAUAGAAAAGCUGUGGCAGGAGACCCACAAAGCAGAGGAUGGGAUAACAACUUUGCAAAAGAUCAGGAAUUACUUCGAAAAAGAAUGGAAGGAAUUAGGCUUGCCACCUACAGAAGCCAAUGAAGCCGUGGUUCUUCUCUAUGAUGCAGUAUUUGCCGAUACAGCAAAUGAGAACUGCGGUUCGAUAUCCGACAAAAAUCAAUUUGAAAAACUUGUGAAGGAGAUUUUGGGGACAUUUUUUGAGCAGCUUGAAGCCAGUCCUGUUUAUUAUGAUUUUAGCCCCAAAUGAGCAGAGCAGCAAUGUAAUAUCUGAAGCACUCUCGUCGUCACUUACAGAGUCAGUCGUUCCUAUGAUCAUCGUCCUCACAUGAUCAGGUACGAGCUUUUAAGAGGAAGAUAAUUAUAAUAUCAAACUGGAGCUAGCAUGUUGUUCUUAAAAAAACAUGUUCAUUUUCAUUAUACCAUACUGAUUUCGGAGGCCCUUGAAGUGGCCAACAGGUUUUAUACCAUGUCAUACAUAAUCAGAAGUAUAAAAAUUCAUCACUCAGAUGAAAAUUGGAUGUUUUUUUUCUGUA